AUUAAACAUUGAAUGAAAUAAAAUUGUGGAACGGCGCAUGAAAGAAAUUCUUUCGGGUAGAGUGCGUGCACCGGCCUCAGGUGGAGCCACGAUCGAAACCAGAGAAGCUGUGCAGUGACAAAAUGGCAAUGGAAUGUUGCUGCAAGAAGUGAACUGGUGAAGUGUUGUCGACUCAGUUUCCGUGGAAUUUAGCCCGAAUUUUCACUUAAACCGACUGGGUAAUAACAUUUAAAGCGCUGUGGAUACGUUGAGUGAUUGUGCCUGGUGAUUUUAAAUCAAUUUGUGCCAGUUCUUCGCCGAUAAUGUACCAUACACUUAUAACAAUAGACUUAAAAUCAAUUUAUAAUUGAUCCAGGAGUAUUCUACGAAUUGUUUUUUAAAACACUACAGAACACCAUCGACGGGCCAUCGGCUAGUCAAAGUCAUGUAAAUCCAUUCGGGCGGCCUCGAGUGCUGCACAACCUGAGCGAACGACGGCGACGCCAUCCGGUACCCACCACCGUCGGCCGGCGUCACGAUUAACGCCACCAUCGCAACGAUGACAUCGGUGACGACGUGGCAACCGCGCCGGCUGCUCCUGCAAGCCGUCAUCUUCCUGGCGUUCGCCUGCCAUUGGGCGGUUCUGGCCACGAUGCCGGCCAGCAACGCUAAAUUCUACACCAUCUAUUGGAAUUCAUCGAACCCCAUUUUUAGAAUUGACAAUACGGACAAUAUCAUCGAUGUUAAUCGAAAUAAUGUUAAGUUUGAAUACGAUCAAGUGGAUUUGAUCUGUCCCGUGUAUACGCCGGGCACGAGGGACGACGAAACCGAGAAAUACAUAAUUUAUAACGUUUCGAAGGAUGAGUACGAAACGUGUAGAAUAACGAAUCCCAAUCCUAGGAUAAUAGCGGUUUGCGAUAAACCGUACAAACUUAUGUACUUUACAAUAACGUUUCGACCGUUUACGCCGCAACCCGGGGGUCUCGAGUUCUUGCCAGGUCACGACUACUACUUCAUCUCGACAUCGACGAGCGACGACUUGCACAGGAGAAUAGGCGGCCGGUGCACCACGCACAACAUGAAAAUAGUGUUCAAAGUGUGGGGCCCGCCGCCGGCGCCCGUCACCGCGUCGCCGCCGCCGCCGGCGACGGCGAAGCCGUCGUGGUGGUCGGUGGCGUCGCCUCGCACCACGGCGUCCAGCACCACGUGGAUGACGUCGACGACGGCGCCGUCGACGUCGAGCACCACCAAGAAGUCCAAGACUUACAGCAAGCACCCCAACGAGGUGGUGAAAAGUGAGGAACUGACGCUGGGAAGUAGUGCGCCGACGGCGGCGAAGUUGAUCGUGUUAGCGUGUUUGGCGGCGCUGGCGAUGCGAUGAAAGCGCUGCCGAGGACUCGAGGAUGUUUUUAGUGUACAACUAAUUGCAUGUAUGAAGGAGAUGUCUCUUCGUCGUAUGAUGAUGGUAAAUGAUCGACGCGGAUUAUUCAGUGUACUACUCCCCCCCCUCCUACCCUAAAUAGUAAUCAAUAUGAAUGACUUGGUGUGUUCUCGUGGCCCCCUUCGCCUCACAAAAACAUUCGACCUAUGACUGUCUUUUUACAACGCAAAAUUAUCCUAAUUUAUAUUAAAGAAAUUCGAGAAAUUUUUGGACGUCUUGGUGCAACUCGCAGUUUGCGAUAAAAGUUAUUUCUAUUGAAAAUAUUCCAAUUUUGUUAUUAAGAAUAUCGGCUUAAUAUUUUUAAGGUUUACAUUAUGAUAAAGAAAAUCGUAAGCCUAAUAAUGGCCUAAUAAAUAAUGUUGAUCUGAAGGAAUAUUUUUUAUUGAAAAUAUCUUUUAACAACUGUGAUAUGACCGAGAUGCCUUAGGCAAAACAUACUGUAAAUAUACUUACUAUAAUUAUUUAUAAGAUAAAUUAUUUUUUAGUCAUUGGAAUUUUACAUUUCCAAAAAAAACUCUUAGCGAAUCGAUGUUUUGCUUUACAUUUUCAAAAAAAAAUAUAAUUAUUUGUAUUGUAUAAUUUUUACAGGGUUGGUCUCAAAAACUG